CCACCACCACCACCACCACUACUACUACUACUACUACUACAGCAACGUCCUCCAUGAUGCGCCAUCCGCCCAUGGUGAUCCGUAUGGAAGGUGUCUCGCAAGCGCCGGACCAGCAAAACACCCUGAUAGGCCGAUGCCGGGUCGCCAACUUGGCCUUUCACAAACAUGUGGUCGUGCGCUACACCACCGAUUACUGGCAAUCGUUCCACGAGACCGAGGCAAUCUAUCGCGAGCCGAUCGGUAGCAGCGCAAACACUUGGGAUCGCUUCACUUUUACCAUUCGUCUGGACCAGACCAACAACAAAAAAAGCGAGUCAUCUAUGAUUGCGAUUGGCAAGAUCACAACCCUGUAUCUAGCUUUACGCUACACGGUGAACGAGUGUGAUCAUUGGGAUAAUAAUGAUGGGUUGAACUAUCAGAUUGAUAUCAUCCCUACCCUACCACCGACGCCGACGCCACCAUCAUCACCGAUCGAGGAAGAAGAAGAAGAGUUGAUGUCGAUAGAUAAUAAGGCAGCGGUACUGGCAACAAUUGAAAAAGAUGAAGGCAAAGCAUUACAUCGUCAACGUAGCGACGGUACGUCAUCUUUGGUCACCACCAACAGCAACACUUUUACUGUGUCAGUAGACCAACAAGAUAAGCAACAAAAGCCAUCAUCCGCUGUAACACCUAUUGCAGCACCAGCAAAACCAGCGUCACCAACAGUAACAACAAAACAAACUAGCAAGAAGAAACUGGGUCAUCGGUAUGACUUUGGUGCUUCACUAUCUGAGGCCAAAAAGGUUCCGUAUCAAUUCGGAAAGGGACCGACACCGACUAUUUCUACUUCUACUUCUUCUACAAUGAUGCGUUUUUCAAACACGUUGGUGACAACCAGCAGCAAACAAGAUCAACAAGUAGUACAUCAGCAGCAGCAGCAACAACAAGAGGAUGGGUUCCAAUCCCGCUACCAUGACUUUGUAAACAAGUAUUGUUUCUAUGGCACUACUUAUGCCACCUCUACAAACCAUACCUCUCCACCCUCAUUAUCUUCGCCAUGCCCUCCUUCUGAACCCAUUUGUGGUUAAAUUCUCUCUCUCUCUCUCAUACUCCUCUUUCUAUCAAAUAUGUACAUAUUCUCUAACGAUGUGUGUGUGUCUCUCUGUCUCUCUCUCUCUGGCUGUUUUAUAUAUCUUCCGCCUCCCCCCUCCUUCAUUUUCAAUUCAAUUGUGUGUGUGUGUGUGUUCAUCAUUUGCAGUGUAUCUUCUUUUCCAACGCGGUACAAUAAAAAAAAUUGCUACUACUACUACUACUACUACUA